AUGAAAUUGAGCAAAGUGUUUAAUCACAAGUUUGUGCUAGCAAGCUGCAACCUAAUAUUCAUGCUCUGUGGUAUAACGCUGCUUUCCACAGGAUUCUAUCUGUUCACCGACUCCCCCCGGAUUCUACUAUCGCGAUUGCUAAUAUCAGCAUCCGAUCAACAAAGGACGCCUCUGUCUGAGCUAGAGCAGCCGUUAUUUUAUUACGUUGCUUUCGCCCUCACCACCGCUGGACUAGUGGCUAUUAUUGCCUCUUUGCUAGGAUGUUGGGCAACGUGCAUGAAUACCUAUUGCGUAUUAACGAUGUACUUCCUGAUCAUCCUUGCGCUAUUGGUAGCAGAAUUUGGCGUAUGUUUAAUGAUAACUGCAUGGCCACAGUGUCUAGGCUUAAACCUCAACGAAACUGCAAUGGUUAAAUCUCUCCAAGCGAACUAUGGAGUGCCUGGACAUGAACAGUUUACCGCAGCGAUGGAUUUGGCGCAAACGAUUUUCGAAUGUUGUGCCAUCAAUACCAGCAUCAACUAUGACACAUCGUUAUGGAAGCUACAAAGUUUAGGCAAGAAAGAGUUGACCGUUCCUUUAACCUGCUGCAAGUUGGUGAAUCGGUUCGAAAUUACGGCGUACCUGGACCCGGUGCCGGUAAAUUUGACGCUUUGUCAGGCACUACAAACGCAGGAUUAUGAAAAAAGUCGCCAUCUGGAUGGUUGCCUGCAUAAAAUUGAAAUGUGGUACCGUGAACAAUAUUUUCUGUUUCUUUGUGCUGGAUUAAUUGUAGCAGUGGUUGAAUUUUGUGUUCUGCUUAGCAUUAUUUUGAGUUGUACAAAGCUACCGCGUAAGAACCAUGUCACACAAAUGUUGCGCACACAUCCAUUGCCGAACAUACCAAUCCCACCAGUACCAGCGAAUCGUCGUGUACGGGACAACAUUUACGAGCACGAACUGCCUUCACCCAUUUCCAUACCAACCAUCCGGGAAACGUACAUGCAACCAAAGGAGUACACCAAACAACGUCCAGAGCUGGCUUUUAAUAACAACUCUCACUAUUAUCAGAUCUCCAAGAGUUACCUAGUUUAG